AUGAUCUACUCCAAGCUCCUCAGUAUCUCCACCUUGGCCCUACUCCCUCUGUCCUUUGCAGCUCCAGCUCCAGCUCCUGAGCCCCUUUCUGCCGCUACUGCCGCAAUUCAAUGGAUACCGAUCGAAUUCAAUGGCAAGACACUCUAUCUCAACAGUGCAGUAGUAGCCGUGUCUGCAAACCCCGCUAAGGGGGCGGACGUCACUAUUCUCAACAACAAUGCCCCUGACUCUGACACCUGUGAUGGCACCACUCUCGACCCUCAUCCUGCUCCUUUCGCCAAUACCGCAGACUGCGCGGUGAUUCGUGACUGGACCCGCACUCAGAACAGCUACUGGGGCGUUUGGGACAACACUCCCGACACACACGGCCUCUUGUACUACGGCACCUGUGUCUUCGAAGCAGGCACUCGGAACAUCUAUGAAACCUGGAUUGGGUCUUCGAACAUCGCCGACAUCACCGAACUUGCUCUCAAUAGGUGGCAGUCUGGUGGCGUCGUUGCUUCUCAGGGACAGACGGAGUGCGACAACAGAGGCAUCGGAACGUCAACUGUCAGGUGGACUAUCAAGCAUUCUUGA